AUGUCUCGUAUUGGCUAUACUCGAGAAAAACUCAAUAAUGAUGCCUCCCCUGCACCACAUCGAGGAAUGGCACAAGCAGCACUGCACAAGAUUGAGUCAAACGGACGUUUCAUCAAGGUCAUGGCUGCUCUCAUGAAUCUCUGUCAGGAUAAUGUUGAAGGCGGGAGGCUGCAGAUACAAGGGACUGACUUGACGAAGGAUGGUCACAAGGUGUUCUUAUCGGGAGCUAACCUUGCCUGGUUUACGCGCGAGAUUUCGGUAACAACCAGUACCAGCAAGUCAGAAGUCGGGUGGAGAGGUAUAUCCGAGAGCUGCACGAAGCCGGAGGAAACUCACAACCCACCCACCUUGCCUGUGUCCUACACUGAUUUUGUUUUGCUCCUAGGACUGUGGUUGCACAUCGAAGGGGAAACAACUCCAAAGUUCGACUCUGAUGGUUACGUCACAGGACUGGAUAACGGCGGCACGCUGGUCGGCGACUUGAAAGAGAUGUUGACAUACGCCGCACAGCACGACGUCAUUGUGUUCAUCACCCUGUGGAAGGGCGCGAUCAGUCAGUGUAAACACUACCGCCUGAACGGACUCAGCCGGGACACGGCCAAACUUCAGUCGUAUAUUGACCACGCCCUCGUCCCCAUGGUGAAGGAGUUGAAAGAUCUGCCAGGACUUGGAGGCUGGGACCUGAUGAACGAACCGGAAGGAGAAUUAAUUCCACGAACUCAUAAUUAUGACCCGUGCUUUGAUACCUCAGGACUUUCUGGACCUGGUUGGGCAGGGACGCUGUAUAGCUACCAAGAGAUUCUCAGAUUCUUGAACUGGCAGGCGGCUGCCAUCAAAGACGUGGAUCCACACGCCAUGGUUUCGGUGGGAGCAUGGAACGCCAGAUCAGACACCGACCAGUUUGGAAACCACAACCACUUCACUGACGAGUGUCUCAUAAAGGCGGGAGGAAGACGACAGGGAACAAUGUCAUUUUACCAGUUUCACAGCUAUGCGUGGCAUGGACGUUUCGACAGCACAUCACCAUUCAAGCAUUCAGCGAAUGAGUAUCGCCUAGACAAACCGAUUGAGAUCGGAGCAUUCCGGCAGAGAGGUUCGGAAGGGAUGACUAUACGUCAGAUGUUUGAGCAUGCGUACAGUAGCUAUGCCGGAGCCUGGUCAUGGCAGGCCAACGAAGACAGCUGA